CUUUUUUGCCGUCACUUGAUUGCUGUCGUUGUUGUAGAAGGGGCUGUACUACAGUCUGCCUGCCAUGAGGACACCACCACUGCUGGUGGCGCAACACAAACGCGUCCUCCGCGCUCUGCAGAGAGAGAGGGAGAAACGGGAGGACGGCGAGCAGGAGAGGAGGCGGUGCUGCGCCGACUGCUGAGACCUGCUCCUGAAGCGAAACGUCUUCACAUCCUCCCAACACAGACUUUCUGAUUAUUUCUGCAGCAUCCGGUUCCAUCACAUCCACCUGCGCUUGUCUGUGAGUUCGGAGGGGAGCCGAGGGCGCGUUUCAGCUUCCAGGUCUCCCCAGAAUGGACUCCAUACCAGCAGGACGAGACUCCAGCUCGUCGCCAAACUCCAAACAAGAACUUUCCUACCCGAGCGCCAGCCUGAAGCCCAACCAAGUGGGAGAGACAGUGCUGUACGGAAUACCCAUCGUGUCCCUGGUGAUAGAUGGCCAGGAGAGACUUUGCCUCGCGCAGAUAUCGAACACCUUGUUGAAGAACUAUAGCUACAACGAGAUCCACAACCGGCGCGUGGCGCUGGGGAUCACCUGCGUCCAGUGCACGCCAGUGCAGCUGGAGAUCCUGCGCAGAGCCGGGGCCAUGCCGAUCUCCUCCAGGCGCUGCGGGAUGAUCACCAAGCGCGAGGCCGAGAGACUCUGUAAGUCCUUCCUGGGGGCUCACUCGCCUCCCAAACUUCCGGAGAAUUUCGCCUUCGACGUGUCGCACGAGUGCGCCUGGGGGAGCCGGGGCAGUUUCAUCCCGGCCCGAUACAACAGCUCCAGGGCCAAGUGCAUCAAGUGCUCCUACUGCAACAUGUACUUCUCCCCGAAUAAAUUCAUCUUUCACUCGCACCGCACGCCUGAGUCCAAGUACACGCAGCCGGACGCGGCUAACUUUAACUCCUGGAGGCGGCACCUCAAGCUGACGGAUAAGAACAGCCCCUUGGACAUCAUGCACGCGUGGGAGGACGUGAAGGCCAUGUUCAACGGGGGCAGCCGCAAGAGGACGCUGCCAGGCGGCGGGGGCUCCGAGUCCGGCUCCUCUCUGAAACUACAUGCGCCCAACCGAUCUCGAGAGUCACCCGAGAUACCCGCGAAAAUCCUCAGCUGCGAGGACACCCGGGGCGCCAUGAGCAGCGCGCGCAGCUACCCGGUCAUCCCGGUGCCCAGCAAAGGCUUCGGAAUGCUCCAGAAGAUCCCCCCGCCGCUCUUCCCCCACCCGUACGGCUUCCCGGCCUUCGGCCUGUGCCAGAAAAAGGACGACGGCUUGAUGAGCGAGCAGAGCAAGGCGGGCCUGCCGGGCGUCCUGUGGCCCGGCACCAAGGACAGCGCCUAUCACUCCUUCCCCAUGUUCUGGCCCGCAGCGGGGCCGCUCCCCAUGCCUCCCUAUCCGCAGGCCGCGCACAAACCCCCACCGCCCGUGGAGCUGCUCUGUCCCCCCAGGCAGACCGACGUGGACAUGUCCGAGAGCAGCGACCGCAGCACCAACACGUCCAAAGACAGUCUGGUGGAGAACGAGCGCUGCUCCAGCACGCAGUCCGCGCGCAACGAGGACGACAAAUCCGGGGACGAGGGGAGGCCGGCGGAGGGGGUGAGCCUGCCCUCCCGGAAAAUCAGCUACGUGUCCGCGUUCAGACCCGUCAUCAAGGACGCCGACUGCAUCGCCAAGCUGUACGGCACCAGAGGGGCGUACAGCGGGGGUCGCACCGGGUACCUGUCGCCCGACUUUUUGAGCGAGAGCUCCAGCUACCGCUCCGUGUCCCCGUGCGUGGACAGYGAGGGCGAGCCGGACGUGGACGUGGGGACAAACAAGACGCCCGACGAGCAGGAGGACUCCAGGCCUCUGUCCUCCUCGGUGUGUCUUCGGACUUCUCCCGGUCUGACGCAGGAUUCAGACUCCAGAGGCAUGGAGGGGGGUCCGGCUGAGUCCCAGAAACUGAGCCUCCACGUGGGCCCGUCCUCUGAAAGAGACGCGCAGGGCAAACAGUUAUCAGAGCACCACAUGCCUGCGCCUUUCACAGAAGUUUACACACCGGAGCGARCUGAGCUGCAACAAAGGAACAGUCCCUAUCAGUUCAGACCCUCCAGUUAUCUGACAGCAGCGCUCACUGCACAUGAUGAGAGCGCGAGCAAAGAGGAGCCGUCCUCCACCGUGGAGGAGACCGAAACCAAAUCUUUUACUGGACAAAACGGAGAGAACCAGAAAGAGCCGGAAGACGGUAAGAUGCAGGCAGGUCAUUUAGGCUUUUACAAGAUCUCUCUGCAAUUUUGUUUUCAUUUUUGUUUUAUAAUUAGACGAAUAAAAUAUUAAUUAAAAAAAAACACUUGUGCGCUCAGGCGAGGACGCGCAAACCAGAGCUAUGCCAGCGCGAA